AUGUCUGCAAGACUGUUAGCUGCUGCCUUUAGAGGGAUUAACAUUCAAACAUAUCCUGCAUCAAUUUAUACUUUAUCUACAUAGAAUGAAUAAUAAUAACUAGUGAAAAUUAUAGUUCCAAAAAAUCGCUUUGAGAUGCCAGUAGUACACUAUACUGAUUAAUCCAUAGCUAUACUUGAUAAGAAAUCAACUCCUAAAUGAAUAUAUAUUAUAUUUUAUAUUAUAAUAUACUAACCCUUAAGAAUUUCUUGUUUCCUUAAAAAGAAAUCUCAACUUUCUAUAAUAUUAACAACUAAAACCAUUACUAGAUUCAAGAAAUAUGAAUUUAAACACUCAGAAAUUUUCAAUUACUCUGAGUUUCAAGUUAUCAAUUUAAGAAUCAGAAAUUCAAAUGAUAUCCUAAAUUCUAUAAACCAAUCAUAAUUUAAUAUUAGUUAAGCUAAUUUAAUAUAUCAUACAUGAUUGUAAAAUGUAUUUUAUAUAAAAGUUAGUAAAAAUGCUUCAAAUAUACAUUAUGAGGGAUUAGAAAAAAUGGCAAGUUAAUUUCCAUUUAAAGAAUAUAAAUUACAAAGAUGUCAGUGUAAUAAAAAUAAAAAUAUUUCAGUUAAUAUGAUAGUUGA